GUGUAUUUAUUUCUAUUUUUAACCUCCUUGGAUACUACCACUUGUUCUUAGCUUCUCCAUUUUUUUUUGGUUUUGUGUGGCUCUUAUGUGGGGAAAAAAAAGGCAUCUUUCGUCCGUUCUUCGUGCUUCGGUGCCGAGGGAAGGCGGCUCAGUGCAGUAGGAGGACACCGAUGAAGAGGCUCGGUGCAUUCACAUCAUCAUCAUCAUCAUCAUCAUCAGCAUCAUCUCGACCCUGCUGCUCUCGCGCACAAGCCCCUCCUUCAAACCCUCCCGGUUGAAACUUUGAAGCUUGGCGGCGCUCAGUUGGUCUCCGGCGGCGCCUCGUUUCCGUCUCCUUUUAAACUCACUUUUACGGCUUCUUCUUUUCAUUUUUUUUCCCCCUCUCUCCUUCUUUUUUAACUUCAAAAUGCCGUUGACUUUUAUUUACUUUUCGCAUCCGUCCGAACCGAAGAGCCCCGCUGAGCAUUUCAUCCAACGGGGUGACAAUGGUCGUCAAUAACAGUCCGAAAACCAGAGCAGGGGCGGCGGAAGGACGGAUGGAGCCGCCGGGGACCCCCAUGCUACAAUCUCAUGGCAGAGGAGCUCGAAGAAAAAGCCGGUUUAAAGGCUCCGAUGGCAGCACCUCCUCGGACACCACCACCAACAGCCUCGUUCGCCAGGGUUCGGCCGACUCCUACACCAGCCGUCCAUCAGACUCCGAUGUGUCCCUCGAGGAGGACAAGGAGGCGGCGCGCAGAGAGGCCGAGCGACAGGCUCAGACGCAGCUCGACAAGGCCAAGAUCAAGCCAGUUGCAUUUGCUGUCCGCACAAAUGUCAACUACAGUCCGUGUCACGAUGACGACGUCCCCGUGCAGGGCCUGGCCGUCUCCUUCGAGGCCAAGGACUUCCUCCACGUCAAAGAGAAAUUCAACAACGACUGGUGGAUAGGACGCCUGGUGAAGGAAGGCUGCGAGAUCGGCUUCAUCCCGAGUCCGGUGAAGCUCGAGAACACCCGAAUCCUCCAGGAGCAGAGAGCAAAACAGGGCAAGUUCCACUCCAGUAAAUUGGGAGCAAACUCCUCCUCUAGUUUAGGCGAAGUGGUUCCCAACUCACGUAAAUCCACACCUCCUUCCUCUGCCAUUGACAUAGACGCCACAGACUUAGACCCCGAGGACAAUGAGCCUCCGGUCAACCUGCGCUCUCCUAAAGCCGGUCCAAACACUGUCAUGUCACCUCUAGCCAAAGAGAAACGAAUACCCUUCUUUAAGAAGGCGGAACACGUUCCUCCGUACGAUGUGGUGCCUUCCAUGCGGCCCGUGGUUCUGGUCGGACCGUCGCUGAAGGGCUACGAGGUGACCGACAUGAUGCAAAAAGCUCUGUUUGACUUUUUGAAACACAGAUUCGAGGGAAGAAUAUCGAUCACUCGCGUCACGGCCGACAUCUCUCUGGCCAAGCGCUCGGUCCUGAACAAUCCCAGCAAGCACGCCAUCAUCGAGCGCUCCAACACGCGCUCCAACCUGGCGGAAGUCCAGAGUGAGAUCGAGAGGAUUUUCGAACUGGCCCGGACGUUACAGCUGGUGGUUCUGGACGCCGACACCAUCAACCACCCGUCCCAGCUGGGGAAGACGUCCCUGGCGCCCAUCAUCGUCUACGUGAAGAUCACCUCACCCAAGGUGCUGCAGCGGCUCAUCAAGUCCAGGGGCAAGUCGCAGGCCAAACACCUCAAUGUCCAGAUGGUGGCCGCUGACAAGCUGGCUCAGUGCCCCCCCGAGAUGUUUGACAUCAUCCUGGACGAGAACCAGCUGGAGGAUGCAUGCGAGCACAUGGCCGAUUACCUGGAGGCCUACUGGAAAAGCACCCACCCCACCAGCUGCAACCCCCCCAAUCCGCUGCUGACCAAGCUGACCGCGGGCCCCUCCCCCCCCGGGCCAGCGCCGCUCUCCGGCCUGCAGGCCGGCAGCGCGGAGCAGAAAGGAGAAAAGGCGUUAGUGGAGCGAAAGGGCUCCAGAGAGGACCACCUGCACCAUCACCACCACCACCAGCACCACCAGCACCAGGACCAGGACCAGGCCGACGCCGACGCACAGGCCGAGGGGGUCGGGGAGGGCGAGGAGGAGGAGGAGGAGGAGGAGGAAGGGGAGGAGGAGCGGCCCCCGAGGACCGAGGCCUCCAGGAGGGCCCCACACAUCCACCACCGUUCGUCUUCCACCAGGACCGAGCACCAGAACCACCACCACCACCACCACAACAGUCGGGGGCGGGGCCUCUCGCGGCAGGAGACUUUGGACUCUGAGACCCCCGGGAGCCGCGAGAGCAAGGACUCUGCUUAUAAUGAGCCGCGCACUCAGCUCCACCACCAGGAGGAGGAAGAGGAGGAGGAGGAAGAGGAGGAGGAGGAUAUAGGGGAGGGGCACCCCCAGCAGCAACAGCGCUACGAGCCGCUGCCCCACCGGGACCACAACCACCACCACCACCACCAUCGCCGCGGGGGCGGCGGCGGCGGGGCGGCGGCGGAGGAGGAGGAGGCCGGUGGCCGCGGCGCCGCGCUCCACCGCCCCAAGGAGCGCGAGCAGGACCAUAACGAGCGGAACAAGCAGCGCUCGCACCACCACCGGCCGGCCCGCGACCACCACCACCACCACCACUACUACGACCGGGACAGGGACCGCGACCGGGAGGGGGAGGUUGCGCCCAAGAAGAGGGGCGAGGCGGGGGAAUGGGCCAGAGACUCCUACAUCCACCAGUGACGGAGACGACCCCCCCCCCCCCCACCCCUCUGAAGCUGCUACACCCGAAAACCACAGCAUCCUAUUUAUGUACACUUCCUUUGUAAAGGCUGUUGCAUCUUUUUCAAUGGCAGGAUUUUGAUGACAUAGAUACAAAAUAUAAGUAUAUAUGUGUGUGUGUGUGUGUGUGUGUGUAUGUGUGUGUGUAUGUGUGUGUAUCUAUGCAUAGACGUCGUUUAUGUGUGGGUAUGCACGGAAAUUCUCAAAUAUGCAUAUUUUAUUGUGUUGGAUAAAGCAUGACACAAAAGCAGAAUUCUUCUUCUGUGCUUUCUGUGAUUAGCAUUUACCUUUUUUUUUUUUUUUUUUAAAUUGUUUUUACUCAUUUUGCUUGCCACCACUUGAAUGAUUUGUUCCUUCGGACUACUGCUCGGGGUCGACUGCAACGGUCGACUCGCCGAGUGAGUUUGAUGCUGUAUUUCUGUUUUUAAAAAAAGAGUAGUUUCGUCAAUUUGGGAAAUAGGCUUGCGUCCUGCUGAGAGUUUGUUAGGUACACGUAGCUCAAACAGUGCAGUUUAAAAUAAGAGUCUUGCAAUAAACCGGUUAUAAUGUUCCAACUUUUGUUCAACCUGAAUGUUAUUAUCGUUUUGGAGGCUGCGGUUUGUGGUGCUGUUGAAUUCUUCUCUGCUGUACUUGUUAUACUGGAAGGUGUUUUUUAAUCAUUCUGUCCACCGCAUUCAUGAGUGAUGGGCCUCUAAAAAACAAGAAAAAGACUAUUUUUUUUUUCAAUUGCGGCAGUUUUCGGUACCUGAAUAAUUGACUGAGUCUAGAUGAGAAGAUCAGUAACACUGAAAUAUGAAGCCGUGGCACCUAAAGCUCACUAAUUUACGCUUUAUAUCUUACACACACACACACACAUCUAAGCUAACUUGCUGCUAACGCUAGCUGCAGGAUCAAAUUUAAAAAAGAUUCAAAGUGGUUUCAAUCUUCUCAUUUAAAGAAAAUGAGCGUAUUCCCCAACGAGUCGGACUACUCCCUGAAUCUCAUGUUCAUCAUUCAUGGCUUAGUUUUUUUUUUUUUUUUUUUAAUCUGCGUCCAUGGUUUUAGACAUUUUGGUUCUGACAUAUUUAGGCCUCGCUCGAGGUGCACCUUAAGUCUUGCUUUCCAAGACAGUAACUUCCUCUCCUACAUGCAGUGCUGUUCUUUGUAUGGGUCCAUUAACCUUGUGUAACAUCGACACACACUUAAAUCCGCACUUUUACUGAUUCACGUUGGUUUCUAGUGACAUUUGAUAUGACAUCGCUACUUUACUGUAGGUCUUCGACUAAAACUCCAUCAAAGUUCAUCGAUUAUUAAGUCUGACCCCCCUUUUUCUGAUGAAUGUUGUUUGAUUCCCACUUGAACUCCAGAGUUUGAAGGUUGUUUUUAGGAUCUAAUCUUUAGUAUGUUCCUCAAUAAUAAGAAUAAAAAUCAAAAGAUGCAUUUGCAACUCAAGUAAUUCCAAAAUGUUUUUACGUUAACUUUAAACUUUUCAAAUUCAUGAUACUUAAGAUAAUUCUUUUCUCAUGAAUGUCCCUCCGUUUACAAACCCACCCUGUCCCUUGACUUCCUUUUCACCUGACAAAACUAUAAAAGACUCAGAUUUUACAGAUUUUCUAACUGUGUACAUGUGUGUGUACAUAAUACAUAAACAUAAAGAAUAAAAGGGAGAACAAUUUGA